UAACAAAUAUAAAACAUGUUGAAUUGACACGCACCCUACGUCCCUACGCAGCCAAAUUAUUUGCUGUCCCUUACUAAUUUUAGUCCAUCAAUCACUUUUUUUAAAUUUUUUUUAUUUUAUCAAAGUCCAUCCAUUACUUUAAUGUAGUAGCUAGUUAUAUAACUUUUCUUCUUAUAUUUUCUUGCAAAACAAACACGCUAGCUGGCACGCAAUUUCCAAACACACUGUAACAAUGAUCGAUUCAGUUCCGGCUCCUGAAGUCGAUCAUGGAUAUUCAUACACCACUCUCACCGUAGAAAAAAUAUGCAGCAUCGUAAAUUUAAAGCUCAAGACGCGCGAGAUGUACUUUUUCUGGAAGACGCUUUUUGAAGAUAUCUUCAAGCGUUACGAGCUCACUGGCAUCGUCAACGGCAGCGAACCCUGUCCCGAUCGGUUCCUCAUUCAUAAGAACGGAAACCUCACGAAUCAAGUCAAUCUGGCCUUCGAUGUUUGGCAUGAGAAGGAUCAGAAGAUCAUAACGUGGAUCAAAUCGACUCUUUCCGAAGACGUGGUGCUCCCACUAGUCACAACCGGAGUCAUACCUUCGAAUUCGUCUUGUGAGCUUUGGCUUAGCCUCAGGAAGAGAUUCGCAGUCGCGGGGGUGUCAGCCGAGUACAGGAGAAGUCUGGCCGCGGCCGCCUUGGCAACCACCGACAUUUGUGACGCAAAUCCGGCUCGGUUGGAGAGCGGGGACUUGCGUCUUUUGGAGCCAAAUUUUCAAAGAUUCGGAAAAUGGCACGCGUUUUCGGGUCGGGUGCUGACCUUGAAGGUGUUUGAGGACAACACGUUGGUGAUUGAAGCUUUGUCGAGAAAAGGGGAGGGGAGGGUGUUGGUUGUGGACGGCGGAGGAAGCAUGAGACGUGCCGUCACCGGAGGGAUGCUGGCCAAGUGUGCCGAGAUUAUGGGGUGGGCUGGGAUUGUGGUGAAUGGGUGCGUAAGAGAUGUGGAUGAGAUCAAUGAAUGUGAGAUCGGGGUGAGAGCUUUGGCGACUUGUCCGGUGAGACCGAUUAAAGGUGAAGAUGGGAGUGGCCAGAAGCAUGUUGAUGUCAACAUUGGAGGAACAUGGAUUCGUGACGGGGAAUGGUUGUAUGCGGAUAAUGAUGGCAUCCUUGUCUCCACGACUAAAUUGUCAAUUUGAUUUGGUUUCAGUACGUAAUUCAGUCGAUCAUAAGGUUGUACCAGUAAGGUUAGUCUCAGAGUGUGCACCUCGAUCAUUUUGUUAUCAUGGUAAUAAUUAUGGGUUCACAAUCACCAUAAUAUGUCUUGGAUCUGGCUUAUUGUCCAGGCCAAAAUAAAGUGAAAGCCCGUUGCUUCUUUGGUUUAA